AUGUUUUGGGAGAAAAAACAAGAUAAAUCAAUGGAGGAAAAGCCUAAUAUUCGAAAUAUCAGAUCUGUUAGACCAUUUAACAAGAAUAAAGAUGAUCAGAGUAGUGAUGAUGAUGGAGUUGAUGUAGCUGAUUUAUCAUGUAUGCCUGAUAUUUCAGUUGUAAAACGAAAAGAAAAGAAAAUCUAUCAACAUCUUUUACCAAUAGAUAAUGGAUUUUAUGAUGGAGCAUUAGACGGAAAUCUUUUGCGUGAAGGAUUAGGUACAUAUAGUUUUAAUAACGGUGAAGAGUACUAUUCGGGUUUAUGGAAAGAUGAUAAACCAUGUGGAUAUGGUUAUCAGUUUAAAGGUUACGGUUCGACUAUAUGUCAUGGUGAUUUUCAUGAUGGAAAACUUAAAGAAGGUUAUGGAAAAAUUAAAAAAGAUGAUGGAUAUGAAUAUAAAGGUACAAUUAGAGAUGACAACUUUCAUGGUCUAGGAAUUCUAUCAAUUAAAAUAGCAGGUCUUAGAGAUAUGAAUAAUAUAUCUGUAUAUAAAGAUACUCUUAAAAUUGUAGCUGAGUGGAAUAUGGGAAAAACAGAUGUUGUUUAUCUCGAUGAAAUUCAGGCAUAUUAUAUAGAUCAACAUAAAAUUUUCUGUGAGAAUCUAUCGUCUAUUCUUUCAUCGAAGAAUGAAAGUCUUCGAAAACAAAGACAAUAUUUUCAAAUUUUAAUUGAUUUAGACGAGCGUUUUUUAGAUCUUAAGUUAUUAUACGAAAUAGGAGCACAUCCUCAACUACCGAAAAAGUUAAAGUCAUCAGCUGAUCUAUUUAAGACAUUGCCCGAUCGAUUCACUUCGUCCGAAAAAAUUCGAAUACGAGCGGAGUUAACUAUGGGAAUAUCAAAAUCGUUUGUAUAUUUAUCCGAUCAAAUAAAGUAUAAUAGUUUAAAAAAAUUUAAAGAAGAGUUUAUUUCUAUAUUUAAAUAUACUAUUAAAGAUAUCGAGUCUUACGAAGCAUUUCAUAGUAAAUUAGAAAGAGUUGAACCAUAUUUUUUAUAUGAUAGAAAGUUGAAAGAAAUUACUGUUGAUCAAGCUUUGAAGAGUUUUCAAAGUAAAAAUAAAACUUUAUCUGAAUCUGAAUCUAAGUUACUAAAAAAAGCUUUUUCGAGUUAUGAAAAAUGUUUUGGAAGUUAUUCUCAUCGUAUCAUUCAUAAAAAAUCUUUAACAGUUGAAGAUGUAAUCGAACAUACGCGAAAGAUCGCGCGUAAACCAGAAUUUGAAAAGAAAACUAUUCCAGAGAUUAUUGCUGGACUUUCAAUUAUACUUUCAUUAAGAGUUUCAGAUUUUAUUGAGAAAAAUCGUGAAAAUAAAUAUGUUUUGAAAGAUAAAUUUAAUAAAGAUUGUUUCCUAAAACCACAUUGUAUUCAAAUUCUCGGUCUAUUCAUAUUGCUUAACAUGACUGUUGAAAAUGAAGAUUUUCCACCAAAUCAUCUUGCAGAAAUCGUUACUGGACAGGGCAAAUCUUGGGCAUUAGCACUGUUAGCUGGAUACUUUAGUUCAAUCGGUUAUCAAGUUACAGUUAGUUGUUAUAGUGAAUAUUUAAUGGAACGAGAUAAGAAAUCUUUUCGAAAGUAUUUAGAUCCGUUUAAUUUUAAUGAUUCAGUUAAAUAUGAAACAUUUAAAUCAAUGUGCGAAGAACAACUUAGAAUAAAAGAUCAAAAACAUAAUCUACGAAGUAUCAUUUCAGAUAUUUUAAAAGGAGAAAGUCUUUUACCUGUAGAUAGGAAAGAAAAUGAUAAACAAAAAUCUAUUCUCUUAAUUGAUGAAGUUGAUGUCUUUUUCUCAAAUGAAUUCGGUACUGUAUUUUCGCCUGGACUUCGUAUUGAAAAUAAAUUCAUAGCGAAAAUUCAGAAAGAUAUUUGGAAAAAUGUUGUUCAUGGUAAAACUGAUAAAAAUCAAAUACAAAAAUCGAUUGAAAAAGAAUUAUACAAAGUUUCUGAUCAAGAUAAAUUGUUAUCAAAUUUAUUCAAAUCGAAUUUGUUAAAUCAACACCUGAAAUACAUGAUAGAUGCUGCUGUAGAAAUUUAUCAAGAUAUGAAAAAUAAAAAUCAAUUACGAGAAAAAUAUAGAAUUGAAGAUAAAAUUAUAAAAACAAAGGAUAUUAGCGGAAAAUUUGUUUCUACGAUUUGGUAUGGAUAUGAAAACAGUUUUUAUUAUCUUAAAUUAAUGUAUGAAGAACAGAAUAAUUUUAAUGAAGCGGAAUUAAACGAAAAGAAUUUUGGAUAUUUAUCAAUUCCAUGUGGACUUCUUUCAUAUUCUGAACUUCCGAAGACUUAUCAUAGAAUAUUUGGUGUUAGUGGAAGUUUACAAUGUUUAUCGGAUGCUGAACAAUCAUUAUUGACAUAUUAUAAUAUUCAUCAAAGAUCUUGUUAUCCAUCAUUUUUCGAUGGUUCACGAUUAAGAUUUGAUCCAUGUUAUGAUUAUCUUAUUGUCGAAUCAGAAGAAGAUUGGUCUGAAAAAAUUAUUAUUCAUGCUCGAAGACAUACUUCGAAAAAUAGAUCCGUUUUAAUAUUUUUCUAUGAUGAAAAACAACUGAAUAAGUUUUAUCAAUCUUAUUCAGGAGAUUUAGGAGUUGAUCCAUUUUAUGUUACACAAAAUGAGAUUUAUGAUGGACAAAAUUUAAAUAGUAUUGAUAUAGAGAAAAUUAUAAAAGAUCAAUAUGCUGGUCAUCAUGGUAAAAUAACUUUAUUGACGAAAGAAUUCGGAAGAGGUGUAGAUUUUCAGGCAGAAGCUAAAGUAAAUGAAAACGGUGGUGUGCAUGUCAUUCAAACAUUUUUCUCUGAGAAUAUUAAAGAAGAGAUUCAGAUAAAAGGAAGAACAACGAGAAAAGAUGAUCCGGGAAGUUAUGAAUUGAUUCUGUACCUUGAACAUUUACAAAAUCCUGAAUUAGCAAACAUGAAAAUACCGAAAUUUAAAAAUGUGACAAAAGAUACACCUAUUGCAGAUCAAAACAAAAUGCUUUUCACAUCGGUACUUCGAUGGUUUAUGUUCUACUUUCUAAUAAACAAUGUAUUUGGUAAUGCCGAAGAUAUAUUUGAUAUGUUCGGUGAUACUCAUACUCCAGUUACGAAAGAAGCUAAGGUAGAUAAAGUUGAAAUCAAUCCAACUACAACAGUAACAAUGAAGACUGUUGUUGAUCAUAAAAAGAAUAGUGUACCUUCGGCAUCAUAUGAAAAUCAAUAUCGAACAACAAUCAUUGCUUAUCGUAGUGUACUCGAAGAUUGGACACAAAAGCUUCCGUCCGAAGAUGCUGGACUAUAUCGACUGAUACUUCAAUUAUCUCCUGAUGAUAUAGUUCGUCUUAAGAACUUUGCAAAGAAUACAAAAUAUGACGAGAUUUUAAAAGAAGUACAUGCGGUAUCAACACUUCUUCAGCGAAGUGCAAUUAGAAUUGAAGAACUUAAACCGUCACAUUCUAAGUUAACACGGUUAGAAUGGAUACAAUCAAUAGAUGGAAAUAAAAUAGUUUUAUUUGUACUUGUACCGAUUAGCAUUGGAUUACUUAUGUUUAUUAGUAUUCAAGCUCCUCAUAACUUUCGACGAUGGUUUACAAGUUUCUUGGUAUUUGCAUUUAUGACUUCAGUUUUUCUAAAUUGUUUGAGACUUUACAUGGACUCACUCGCGGAAGUCGAUGCAACUCUUAUUAAAACAUUACCAGAACAUUGCCUAAGUUAUUCACAUGGAUUUUUCCAUAAUUUAAAAACUGCAAUUUCUCGAACAGUUCAAGUUCCACAUGAUGAUUGUGUAGAAUAUCAAAAAGCAUUGCGCAGGUUACCUCAUGCGGAUGCAACGUUAAUUAAGGGUAUAUCGCUUACUGUUACCGAAUUUUUUACCACACCACUUGGUAAAAUAGGCGAGGGCAUAUCUAAAUUCUUUGGUGGUUUAAUGCUUCAUGUACCCAUUGCAAUGUUGCCAAUAGUUUUUGGUUUCAUUGGAUUUUUUUUAUUCUUAUUCGUUAUUACAAGGAAAGGUUAUGGACUGUCAGCAAUGUAUGGACUAAUUUCUUUCCAUCCAGUUCAUCCACCUGCUAUUACAAAAUCAGAUAACGCUUUAGAAUUAAAAGAAGAAGAAUUAAAAGAAUCGAAGAAAAAAAUUGAAUAUUUACAACGCCAAAUAGAACACUUGGAAAAUGAAAAGCUUGCACUUAAAAGUAAUGAAACUUCAUCAAAGAUCGAUCAAAACUCCAACAAAUAUAAAAGAGCUCUUGAAAGUGAGCCUUCUCAAUCAAGUCACAAUGCUAUUGUUCCUGAAUCAGAUAGUGACUCUUCUGACAAUAUAGGUGAUUAA